CUUAAUUACAGUGCUAAGAAUUUUGGGGGAAACUUAACUGUUACUCUACUUGGGGGAAAAUCUAUAGAAAAUACUUUAUAUCUAAGAACAAAAAUUUAAUGUAGACAUUAAUUUGGACUUUAUGUAAGAAUGAGAUGCAAGAAAAUAUGUUUAAAUAUUAAGCAUGGUGUGCUGUUAAGACUUGGGGCUUAAUAGAAAGCUUUCUUUGUUACAGCCCAUGUUCUGUUAAGUAGGAUUUAAGUGAUCAUAUCAUAGCAAUCCAUUGUGCAAGAAGGAUCAAUCCCCUGUUAAAGGAUUUUAGUUUACGAGAUUCACAGAAAAAAACAAUGAUUUAAUUAAUUAAAUAAGGCCUCUGACUAACUUAGGUUUUAUCUGUUUUAUUUCCACUAAGGAGUUUGGCUCUUUUGCUUUACAAUGUUUGGUUACAUAGUUAAAAAUUAAAUAUAUAUCUUAAUAUUGAACUUGUUAAGAAACAUUUUAAAAUUUAUUUUCAUUGAAUAUAGUUAGAUGACUAACUUCUAACUUGCAUUUUCUUGAAUUCUAAGCUCUGUUUUUGCUCUUUUAGUAAAGAUAGUUGUGGAAAAAUAAAAUAGGUUUUAAAUUUUGUUAAAAUUUUGUAAUUAUCAUUUUUCUAAUGCUUUGUGUGUCUCCUGAUUUUUCUCCAUCCUGAUUUUUUCUGAUAGUGAAACACAUUUUUAAACAAUUUCCGCUUCAUUAUUUCACUAACCAGUGUAUCAAUUGUAACUAAAAUUUAUUGAUUGAAUUUUCAGUGGUAAUGUAUAAUGAUUAAAAAAAACACUACUGAAUGAUAUUAAAUUAUUGCUUGACAGAUAACUUUUCUAGGUGGAGAUUACCCAGGUAGUUUCUCCCUUGCUCCUACAGCUGAAUGUUUUUUAGUCCAAAUAUCUAAUAACUUUGUAAAUGAUUACAGUUUAACCUCAGAAUUCUAUGUUAAGAUUUUAUGUGAAUGAUUUUGGAAUUCUGGCAUUAGUUAGCGGUAGCUGUCAACACCUCGGAAAGUAAAUUACAACAUUUUCUUAGGUAAAAAACUAAACCAUUUACCACCAAGGAAUUUCUGACUUAUGAUGACCUAUAUGUGUCAGUGUAGAACCGUGCUCUGUAGGGUUUUCAUUGGCUGAUUUUUGGGAAGUAGGUCGCCAGGCCUUUCUUCCAAGGUGCCUCUGGUAGACUCAAACCUAUAACCUUUCAAUUAACAGCCAAGUUAACCAUUUGUGUUACCGAGACUUGUAGUCAUAGGCAAGUCUUAAAACGUGGCAGCAAUGCUUUGUUUGUUGAUAGUUUUAAUGGACUUGACUGCAGUUAAAAAUUAGGAAGAAGCCAGAAAAAGACCAUUGAGGAAUUAAAAGGUAAAUGCAUGUUCUUAGCUGAGGUGUCAGGCUUUCAUUCAUUCUGUUCAUUCUUAAUGCAGUUUUAAUUGGGUUUUAAUUUUACUGACUUUCUAGAUAACAGAUGAGAAAUAAAUUAGAAACAGGGAUAGUAUUUCUCUAGAUUAGAAGCAGGUUCUUAGAUUGCAUUAAGAAGAAAUAGCAUUAUUAACUUCUAUAUGUCUUUGACUUUGCUUUCUUUUUACAGCAAACGGAAUACUUUUACAAAUAUAAAAUGUAAUAAGUGAAAUUGUUUAAAAAAGGAAUAGCGGACAGACUUUUCAAGGAAUAGGAUUAUAUAGAACUUAUAAAAAAGCAGACACAAGUAUAAAUCUUGGUCUGUUUAGAUACGGGGCAAAACAACACCUGAGGCAUUCCUCUAGGUUAGAAAGUCAGUUUUUAAUGAUGACCCCCAAGUGAUGUGUGGGAGAUUAAAUCAGAUUUAUUAUCCUUUGUAAAGCAAGGAUAUAUACUUAAAAAAUAAAAUGUUUAAGCACAAAACCGGUCUUUAUUUUUUAAACUUCAGCAUUUGCAAAAUCCUUUCAUUUCCAUAAACAAGGUGUUUACUAUAUUUAAUGUAAAUCUUUCUUUUUUUCUCUGUACUUUGUCUUCCUUUGCAGAUACCGUACUAAAAUAGAAAUAAAGCUUACGUUGUUUAUAUUUAUUUUAAAUGUAAGUGAAACCCAUCAUAUUAAAAGUAAUUAAUUUUUUCCCCAGGUGCUACAAAGUACACAGAUAAAGACAAUGGAGGGAUGCUUGUAUGGUCUCCAUAUCACAGUAUCCCGGACGCCAAAUGUAAGUUUUCUGAAAUUGAAUGUUUAUGUGAACAAAAAUCUGUCAGCUGAUUAGAAAUGCAACUUGGAUUUGUUUUUGGUCCUCUUAGAUUCUCAUAAGAAAAGAGUUUUGUCUUUAUUGUUUUAUUUUUUUAAUAGAGGUUGUUAUAUCAGAGUGUUUUUCCUUUUGAAAGAUGGUGGUUUGAUCAUUCCAGUUGUAUCAGGCCCAUGAAGAAUGAACAGACCUAGGAUCUGAGGGCAUUGCUGCUUACAUCCUCCAGCAGGGGAGGGAGUUACUAUGUAGAUAUCUGUGCAGGCUUUUCCUCAGUAAAUGGACCUGUAAAGAAAUGCUUUCAAACUUCAAAGAGCCCACUAUCAUUACUAUUUUAAAGAGGAAAAGGGAAAGAACUGACUUCAACAGCCGUCAGGUCAUCUUUGUGCUCUCCAUUUCUGGACGGAGACCUUCUGGAUCAUUGACCAUGCACUUCUUGAAUCAUGGUGUGACUUUAGACUUCAGUGUGAUGUAGCGGACCUGAUCCUUUGCGGCACAUCAGAUGUAGGAAACAUGCAGUGGAUGAGUAUAUUGCAAUUGCAAAGGAAAAACAUGGCUACAAUGUGGAGCAGGCACUUGGCAUGUUGUUCUGGCAUAAACAUAACAUUGAGAAGUCCCUUGCUGAUCUCCCUAAUUUCACUCCCUUUCCGGAUGAGUGGACAGUGGAAGAUAAAGUCCUAUUUGAACAAGCCUUUAGUUUUCAUGGGAAGAGCUUUCACAGGAUUCAGCAAAUGCUUCCAGAUAAGACAAUCGCAAGCCUUGUAAAAUAUUACUAUUCAUGGAAAAAAACUCGGUCUAGGACAAGUUUGAUGGAUCGCCAGGCUCGUAAACUAGCUAAUAGACAUAAUCAAGGUGACAGUGAUGAUGAUGUGGAGGAAACACACCCAAUGGAUGGGAAUGAUAGUGAUUAUGAUCCUAAAAAAGAAGCCAAAAAAGAGGGUAAUACUGAACAACCUGUCCAAACUAGCAAGAUUGGACUAGGAAGGAGAGAGUAUCAGAGUUUACAGCAUCGCCAUCAUUCUCAGCGUUCUAAGUGCCGUCCACCUAAGGGCAUGUAUUUAACCCAAGAAGAUGUGGUAGCUGUCUCCUGUAGUCCCAAUGCAGCCAACACCAUCCUGAGGCAACUGGACAUGGAAUUGAUUUCUCUAAAACGUCAGGUUCAGAAUGCUAAGCAAGUAAACAGUGCACUUAAACAGAAAAUGGAAGGUGGAAUUGAAGAAUUCAAACCUCCUGAGUCAAAUCAGAAAAUUAAUGCCCGUUGGACCACAGAGGAGCAGCUUCUAGCAGUGCAAGGUGUCCGCAAAUAUGGUAAAGAUUUUCAAGCUAUUGCAGAUGUAAUUGGCAACAAGACUGUUGGCCAAGUGAAGAACUUCUUUGUAAACUACAGGCGUCGGUUUAACUUAGAGGAGGUAUUGCAGGAGUGGGAAGCAGAACAAGGAACCCAGGCCUCUAAUGGUGAUGCUUCUACUUUAGGGGAGGAGACAAAAAGUGCUUCUAAUGUGCCAUCAGGGAAGAGCACUGAUGAAGAAGAGGAGGCACAUGCCCCACAGGCUCCUCGGACUCUGGGUCCAUCUCCUCCUGCCCCAUCAUCCACUCCAACACCAACAGCCCCUAUUGCCACUCUGAACCAGCCUCCACCACUUCUUCGUCCAGCGUUGCCUGCUGCCCCUGCUCUUCACCGGCAGCCUCCUCCACUCCAGCAGCAGGCUCGGUUCAUCCAGCCCCGGCCAACUUUAAAUCAGCCUCCACCACCUCUCAUCCGCCCUGCUAAUUCUAUGCCACCCCGUCUAAACCCAAGGCCAGUGUUGUCCACAGUUGGUGGUCAACAGCCACCGUCACUUAUCGGAAUUCAGACAGAUUCACAGUCCUCGCUGCACUAAAAAUUAAAUUGGACAGAGCUGCAGUAACUCUUCACUGUAUCACUAUACCAGUGCUCAUCUGACUGAUGUAAGAGAGAAAAGAAUAAUCCUUCACAGAUACUGAGGCUGCGAACUCCUUCUGUGACAGUGGAGUAGCGUAAGUGGGUGUCUAAGAAAUUUCUCAGUUCACUAGACGAAAAUGUUAUGCAGCAAAAAGCCUCCAGGUAGCCUCCUUUCUAGAGUAUAUGUUCAGCGAUGUGAUCUCAUAAAAGGAAGAAGAAAAAAAAAAGAUUAAGUAUUCUGUAUACCAAGGGUUUUUUGUUGUUAUUUUUACUAUAUUUAUUUUAUUGAAGUUCUUUAUAUUCCAGCCUCUUCAUAGUCAGGGCUCUUAGUACAGGAAUAUUGAUUUAGGAAUUAUAGAAACUCCUUAAUUUUCUUUAGUUAAGGAUGUUUGACUUUUUUUCCUUUUUUCUUUAAUUUAAUUUUUAAAAAGUAUUUUCCUAUGUUAGGAGCACAAGAAUAAGCCUGCAUUUCACAUUUUGACAUGUUCAUUUAAUGCAUAUUUAAGAAAUUAUAGCUACAUAUCCAUUUUUCAAAAGAUGUUGCUUUUUUUCCAGAGGAAUUUUAAUUAUUCCUUUAAAAGAAAGCAGUUUAAUCAAUUGCAAAGCAAUUAUAUGAAACCACAAAGAAUGUACUGAAUCUGCUAGCCCUUUAACAUACAAUUAAGGGUCUUAGUGCAAAGUCCUUGUUUAAAGGUCGUUGGCCCAUCAUCUGUCAGUAAUAAGAGGAUUGGAAUAAUAAUUUUACAUACAGAUAAGAACUUAAUUUGUUCAAGUACAGUGUCUUUUGUUUAAGUUCCUUGAAAAUGGAGUUAAUUUUGAUUUUUUUCUUUUUUUUAAUGUUUCUAAAUGCUGUGUACUUUUAACUAGUACAGGCGGUCCCCGGAAUUACGAACCAGUUCUAUUCCUAAGUCUAUCUGUAAGUUGAAUUUGUAAGGAAGUCAGAAGAGUUAGGUACGGUUCGUAUCUAACGUCAGUUUGUCAAAUGUUUGUCUUAGUAUAUAGUAUAGUGUACCUUUCUAUGCAUAAAAAACAUUAGAGAAACACUUCCAGAUACACUAAAAAAUCCUUAACAUAAUUAUACAGUAAUAAUAAUGUUUGAUGCGAGUCACAAAGUAGCACCCGUUUGUUACUAUGAACCAUUGUAUGUACCUUGAAUGUUUAAUCUGAUAGACUUUUGUAGGUGUUGGUUCGUAACUAAGCGUUGUAGAUAUGUCAGACGUUUGUAACCCGGGGAUUGCCUGUAGUUUCCUACACUUGGAAACUUUAGAAGAGAAUUAUAUUUUGUCAUUUUUGUGGAGAUGGUGGUUAUGGAAGCAUUUAUUUGCCAGUACCCUUUUGUGUUUAGAUUUUUCUGAACUUAAAAUUGCCCUCAUCCUUAUUAAUAUGGUCUGCACUUAAUAUAAAAGAUGUUUUCUUGAUAAAUUUCCAUUGUACUGUUUGGGUACAUUUGUGUAUUCUUUGCAGCCGACCUGUACUCGUGGGUUUGGUUUAGGGUUAAAUCAUCAACAUUAUUUCAUAAAAUAAAAUUGAGAACUUGUUCUGUGUUACCUAAAACUGUAUUAGUAUAUUGUCACAAUUGUGCUGUUAAAAUGCUGAGACCCCUUUUUAUUAAAAAAAAAAGAUAUUUCAAGUCUUCUCAAUUCAACACAUAAUCAUUAAGCACCUAUAAAGAAUAUUUUACAAGUGAUAGUAUUUCAGCAGUGUGUUACUGAUAUUUUUGGCAGAAUAAUAUUGGAAUCAUGACUUGUGCGAAGGGGCAGGUCGCUUAGAUUGCUGUACUGGUGGAACAGAAGGCUGAAUGCACGGUCACGUUCUCAUGCCAUUUAGAACUACUUCACAACAUGGUCAGCAUUCAAGAACUUAGUUUUGAGCGGUCAUAUUUUUCCCAAAAUAUUGGAAAAUAGUCCCUACCAUUGCCUCUGAAGCAUUAAAGAACUAAAACUAAUUCAUUGGUUAGUUAUGCUUCAGAAAUUUAGACCACUUCUUUCCACAAGGACCUCAAGUUCUGCCAUAGUGUAAAAAUCUUUUUCCAGGAUGGGUCCUUUCUUUCUCAUUGGAUAAUCUCAAAUAGUUCCUGCUCCUGGAUGGUAAACAAAUACAAUCAAACUGAUUUAAAAUUUCUUAGUAUUCAAGAAUUUUACUUUAAAAGCCAUGGGAGACAGUUAUAUAUCUUAAAAGAAAAUAUCUAAAGCAUUUUUAAAAAAUACUUAGAUCAAGUCUUGUAUAUGUGCAUACUAUAACCUUUACAGCUUUUAUUGUCUUGUCUCGUCAGUAGACUUUCAGUAUACGAUAUGUAGCAUAUGUCAGUCAAGUUGGUCAGCCUCAACAUCUGUCCAGCUGUUCAGUAUAUUGUGAUUCAUUUAAAAUCUCUCCUAUCCCAGACAUGGGCCAAGGUGCUGUAUCUGAGGGAUGUGCUGUAAUUGACGUACAUUAGAGCACACAGUAGAAAAAUCUUUAUUAGUAAUAUGACACAUGUAUAUAGUGAGAUGUCUUUAUUGUGUGCUUUGCAUCUUUUGUAAAUAUUUUGCACGUCAUUUUUCUUUUUUGUUUAAGAAGUGUUUGGCCUGGAAGAGUGAUAUGCUUGCUGCUUAAUCAACGGAUUAAAGAUUUAAAGAUGUCUAUGUCUUCUAUUUUUACAUAAUUUCAUGUUGUAUGAGGAAUUAUAGAACCUCUUUACUGUGAAAUUCUAAAUAUGAUUUUUAUAAAAAAAUCAAAACCUAGAAAUCUCUUAAUGACCAUCUUCAUUAAUUUCAGGGUUAUCAUUUUCAAAAAUCUAUACCCAAGUGUUUUUUGUUUUCGUUUUUAUUACAUAAAUAGAAAUAAAUCACACUGUUGACACAUCUGAUAAAUUUAAUGAAAAAAAUACAUAAUUUCAUUCCAGUGUAAUAAGGAUGGAGGUAAGUUAUGAUCAAAACUUAUUUGUAAUAAGUUUGCAAUUAAGUGAGUAAAACAAUGUAAAAUAAAGAUGAAAGAAUGUAAAAUUGUCAUGAUUUUGAAAGAAGUAUUAAUGCAAGUGCUUUGAUUAAAGUACUGGUUUACUUAAUAUGUUGUUAUUUUAAUGUUCCUGCUAUCAAAGGAAUCUUUAUUAUCCAUAAAUAUUAAUAAAUACUGAGCAGUUAACACUGGCGUAUCAGACUCUCCUCAGAAAUAAUAAUAAGCUGACUUAGAACUCUAAGCAGGAUCUCUCUGUGCUUCCCAAAAACAGAUUAUGAAUAUAUUCUGAUUACAGGAAAAAUAAGAAAAAAACUAAAAUCUGUAUUUCUUUUUUAACUUAAACAUUCAUUAUAGAUUUGCAGCAUUUAUAACGAUAAUAGAAUAAGUGAAUUCUGAAAGAGUCCAAGAAUCAGGUUUGCCCAACCAUGUUAUAUUCUGUUAGAAAAUAUAAGAAACUUUACCUCAUUUUCUGACAGCUGAUUUAUGGGAAUACGUAAACUGCUUUCUCUUGGGAAAAAAUAACUCCCCCAACCUUCAUCUUUAUUAUUACUUUAAAUAACUACCUUAGUGAAGGAAUAUUCUGCAUUGGGAAAAACUAACUCCCCCAACCUUCAUCUUUAUUAUUACUUUAAAUAACUGCCUUAGUGAAGGAAUAUUUUGCAGCAAUAUGUUUUAGUAACGGAGUUUUAGGUCUAAACAUUAAAGGAAUGCUAAGUGUGUGUGUUACGUCUAAAUAAAUUGUUUUUCAAAAGAAUUGUCAUUUCAGUGGCUGCUCAAGCAGUCACUCAGAAGUAGGGAGAAGAAAAGCCAUAAGGACUCAUCUAUCCUUUUUGUUCUCAUAAGUCCUGUACACUUAAGGGAAAAAAAACAAAGACUAGAAAUUAGUGUUGGAUUGGUGUGUUUGCAAAUUGUCAUUACUGGAUUUAAAGUAGACUGUCGACUAUUGUCUGUUGAUAACGGAAUAAGUCUUUACAAUGUGGUAAAUUCUUAAAGCGUAGAAUCCUAAAGCUGGCGUUUAGGUGACCAGGGUCCCAAUGGAAAAUGUACUGUGGAUAUCAAGUGAAGAUAUCUGGGAGCAGUCUUCACAAUGUUAAAUGUGGUAAGAGUUGAUGUCUCUAAUUCUUUAUAUAAUCCACCCCCUUCUGGAUUAUUUUUUUAAAGGUUAAAUUUUUAUUCCCUAUGAUUUUAUUUAAACAUAAGGUACGAGAGAGGCAGGGCGAAGAUGGCGGAGUAGUCACACGCUUCCGGUGGACCCUCUUACAACAGAGACCCGAAAAAGAAAGUGAUUCGAU